GACCAGGACCUGCAGACCCACCCAGAAACCUCCAGAACCACCAUCCAUCUGAAGCUUCAGGACCGACCCGUUUGGACCAGCAUGUGGAUGUUUGUGAUCCUCAUCAGCCUGCUGGAUCAGAACCAGGCAGCUCCUCUACCAGAACACCAUGGAGCAUUCCAGAUGGUUCUGCAGGAUCAGCUGGCCCAAACCGCAGUCACCGGCACGCCUCCUGUCCCCCAGCAGAAGACAUCGUCCUCAUCUUCCUCCUCCUCCUCUUCCUCUUCAUCUUCCUCUUCAGACUCCUCAGAGUCCAGUCAGCAGCCCAUGAUGUUCCAACCGCUGAAGGACCGACAGCAGCUGGAGAACACGGCAGUGGAGCAGGUGGACUCACUGGAGAGCUCAGAGCUCCUGCUGCCUCCCAGUAACACCAGCAGCACCAGUCUGAGAGACGGAGGACCUGCUGAGGGCACAGAAGGUCAACAUGAG